AUGAUUAGCAUGUCUGUUGCGUUGUCUUUAUUCCUAGUAGCUGUGAGUGUUUGUGCUCAACCAACCCUCCACAUCGACCGGGCAUGUCACCAUGAGACACCGGAUUACCACGAAAGCUCGGGUGUGCUCAAAUACGUCAAUCCUCUCAUCGGGACUUACGGAACGUCCCCGAAUGACAACGGCGGGAUGAUUCCAUCAGUGUCGCCCCCCUUUUGGGAUGACUCGAUGGACACCCCAAACGCGGGAGAAUUUCAUUUCACAAACCCCGCUACUCACCAGCCAGCCAUCUGGAUGGGAGAAUCUGGCCAGGUUGUACUAACCCCUGGAAUGGGAGAAGUUCAACCUCUGUUCGAAAACCGGGGACUGGCUUUCGAGAAAGGAGACGAACGUAGUACACCCUACGUCUACGAAGUUUUAGUUGACGCGAAGCAACUCAUGAAUCGCGAUUGGAAUGCUACAGCUGAGGCUGCUGGAUAUGGCCCUGAUCCUGGAGGAGCUGGAGCAGUACCAGAAGACGUUGAAGAGGGUGCCAAUGGACGAGCAAGAAAACGCCAAAUACAACCGGAGCCACUAAGCACAAUAUCCGACGAAGGUGAGCCGUACGAGCGAUCAGUUCAAGUUGCAAUGUCGGCGGAUUCUCAUGUUGGUCAUCUGCGAUUCGAUUAUCAACAAAAAUGCGACAGCAUCUCGGAGAGCCGCAACCUUGAGCCUUGGGUUUUCAUCGAAGCCUCUCGUCGAAAUUGGAUGGGUGGUGUUCAAAUUGAUUCGGAUAGGCGAGAAGUCUACGGAUACAACACCGAGAGACAGGAUUACCUCCUUGGUCCAGACCGUGCCCCGGGUUUCAGGGGAUUUUUUGUCUCGAGAUUUUCAGAACCAUUCUCAGAAGUUGGUGUCACCUCCGGGAAAGACAUCCUUGAAGGGGAAACUGCAAGGCGGGGAAACUUCACCGGUGCCUAUGUGAAGUUUCAUCAAAAUACGACCAGAGUGGAGGUUCGGACAGGCGUCUCCUAUGUCAGCAUCGAACAGGCAAGGAAGAACUUGGAUCUUCAGAUACCCGACACCGAUUCCUUUGAAAACACAGUCCGGAAAGUGAAGCAGGCUUGGCUCGACAAGUUGGGCCGUGUGACUAUUGUUGGUGUCAACGAGACCGAUUCGGAUCACGAUCCUCGCCAAAUCUGGUACACCGGCCUUUUUCAUGCUCUUCAAUAUCCUAACGACUUCUCCGAACCCACAUCAAAUGAGAAGGGCGCCGAGCGUGUAUUCUACUCGGGAUACACCGAUAGUGUGCACAUUGCCAACGAUUCUUACUAUCAGUCCUGGUCUAUUUGGGAUACUUACCGGGCAGAACACUCUCUACUGACGCUGUUUGCGCCCGAACGAGUAAAUGCAAUGAUGAGAUCGAUGCUACGUAUCUUCGAUUGGACUACUUGGCUUCCAAUGUGGCCAAAUAUUAUCGAAACAAACAUCAUGAUCGCAACUAAUGCAGACGCUGUGCUUGCAAAUGCGCUUGAACGAGGAUUCAGAGACUUCAAUAUCUCGAAGGCCUGGACGGCUGUAAAGAAAAAUGCCUACACCCCACCGCAUCAUGACACGGCCCUGCUUUAUUACGACCGUGAACCAUUUACACCCAAUGAGGUUAGAGCUGGUCUGACUUCUUACAUGAAACAGGGAUGGGUUGCCAACGAUCGGUGGUCAGAGUCUGGGAGCCGUACGCUGGACUAUGCAUUUGAUGAUUAUGCCUGCUCCGUGGUCGCAAGCCAUGCAGGUGCCGACAAUGGAACAAUCUCAACACUUCUGGCGCGCAGUCGAAAUUAUGUUCACCUUUGGAACAAUGAGACCCAGUUCAUGCAAGCUCGCAAUGACAAUGGCACCUGGGCGAACCCCGAAUGGGGCUGGACCGAAGGUGAUAACUGGGUCUACACUUUUGAUGUAAUGCAUGAUGUGGAAGGGCUAGCGGCGCUUUUCGGUGGCCGAGAGGCUAUGCGUGAUAAGCUGGAUGCUCAUUUCGAAGGAGGCCAUAACGAUCAAACCAAUGAGCCUAGCCACCAUGUGCCAUAUCUCUUUUCCGUGCUUGGAUACACCGAUCGUGCUGCAGAGGUGAUCCGAGAGGUUGCUUGGCCGAGUUACAACGCCACCAGCGGGGGACUCGGCGGUAACGAGGAUCUGGGACAAAUGAGUGCUUGGUAUAUUUUCUCUGCCCUGGGCUUCUACCCAGUCAACCCAGCCAGCGACGAGUACAUCGUCGGGUCGCCUUUCUUCGAGCACGUGUCAAUUCGUCUCCCCGCUGGUGCCGCUACAGGAGGACGGAUGCUGGAUCAGCCAGAAAAGGAGCUGGUGAUCAGUGCCCCAGGAGCGCCCACAAAGCCAUAUGUCAAAGGUCUCACGAUUGACGGGAAGCAAAUUUCACAACCGGUCAUAAAACAUGGCGACCUCGUUAAUGCGACACGGAUUGACUUUGAGAUGAGCGACGUUCCUUCAAUGUGGGGUACAAACCAAACGUGGUAG